CCUGCCCGUCUGAGAAAGCUUGGCAAGGCUGGCUCCCAGCUGUCCCAGGGAUGAAUCAUCGUCGACUGCCUUUCCAUCACAAUGCGUUUUGACGACGUUUCCGUCCGUCAGUAUUCUCUUCUAGAUGCCGACCGAGGGCCCGGGAGUACGGUGAAACUUGAGGUUCCCUCAGCUGCGGCCAUCAGUGAACGCCGCCGGCUCCAGAAUCGCAAUGCGCAACGCAGAUUCCGCCAACGACGCGAGCAACAGCAGCAGCAGAAUGCCGCCGAGGACAUCAGUGGUGGCCAGUUUGCAACCCCGGAAUCCACCUUGUCACAGCUCGAACUGCAGUCCGAAGACACUCCAUCCCGUUUUGCAACCGUCAUCAAAUCUCACGACAACAGCUUCUGCUACGGCUUCUAUCUCCCGGACGGCACGACGACGACGACAACAACAGCACCAACAGAAGAUAUAGGUGUGGAGGAGAUGCCAUCACCCUUCUAUCACUUUUCCCAAACGUCGCCGUCCACUUGCUCGUCAUCUUCCGGCUUCAAUCUCCAGCAAAGUCCAUUCGAAUACAUUCAGAUAGACCCCUCAUCAUUCACAGUAGAUAACACCACCAAGAUGCAUCACAACUCUGCUUCCCACCAACCGGGUCAUUAUCUGUCAGCCGCCGCCCUUCCUAACCCUUCUUUUCCUCCUGCUCCCCCAUGCACAGCCCUUAAGCCUCCUUUGGCUUAUGAAUACCUUGGCGUUCUCCACAUUGCCGCCCAAAAAGGUCACGACCGCAUCGUCCACAUGCUCCUCCGCCACCACGGCAUGGACUGCAAUGCCACUGACAGUGAGGGCCGCACGCCUCUCAUGCAUGCCGUCGUUGCCGGCCAUGCAACCGUGGUGCGCAUCCUGCUGGACGCUGGAGCCUGCUACAACGGCGUCGACCACAUGCAGCGCUCCGUGUUGCAUUUGGCCGUCUUGCAUCGGAGGGAGCACGUCUUGCGGCUGCUGCUGGCCGAGAUGGGGGACACAGCUGCCAAUACCCACGGCCCACUCGGCCUGGCUGAUGACAGGCUCAGGUUUCUGCUGGAUGCCUACGACGCUGACGGGAACACACCGUUGCACCUAGCCGUGAUGGAGGGCUUCGAGGUGGGGGUUGGUAUGCUGUUGCAGAGUGGUACUGACUUAGAGCUCGUGGCGAGACGGUGCUAGACAAGGUGCUAAGUGAUUACUAAUUUAGGUAAACUAUCUAAGGAGGGGUAUAAAGAUACAGUAGAGAUAACAUAUGUAAGAGUUAAUGACCUAGAGGUUAGAAAUCGACAAAUACUGAACUUCUUAAAGAGAGGGUAGCAUGCCUCGUG